GGAAUCCGGAGCGGUGCGGUUACCGAGGAAAUGCGGAGGGACGCGCGGAGAGCGCUGUGCUGUUAACGCAGGUUAAAACUUGAGCACGUUCCUUCGAAACGCGCGUGGAAGCGCUGUAGAGAUAUAAAGGGAAAUACAGAGUGGGACACAGCGCCUGGAAGGUAGAUUUAUCGGCUGUGGAAGCAUGGGGAAUAGGAGGAGGAGGGCUGCGGACGAGUGCUAGCUACUAGCUGCCGCCUUCGCUGUGGGUGCGCGCGCCUUCCUGCCUGGGGCUGAGCAGCACGGCGCCGCUGCUCGCGCUGAGGAGAAGCGACCGAGUGCCGCCUAAGCUGAGGGCUUCGAGCGUCUUUCCAGAGAGAGCGCGCACACAGCGGCUGCGUCGCGCGGGAGUUGCUCUCGGUCUCGCGCCCACGUUCGACGACGGCGGGCGGGUUUAUUUCCCCGGCGGAUCCGCGUCAAUAAAACCAGUUGGUAGCUUGGAUUCUUCGCCGCGGUUCACACACGACACGGACGGAGGAGGAGUGCGACUGUUUUCGCGGAAAAUGGAUGCGGGCAUCGAGAAGGAGUGCAGCGCGUUGGGAGGGCUCUUCCAGCUCAUCAUGAACGACAUGAAGUCCAGCUAUCCGGCCUGGGAGGAUUUCGUAACCAAAGGAGCGAAGCUGCAAUCCCAGUUAAGGACAACUAUAGUUGUGACGGGGUCUUUCCUGGAUGCAUUUCAGAAGGUGGCUGAUAUUGCAACAGGGACCAGAGGAGCCACAAAGGAGAUCGGCUCAGCCCUGACGAGAAUGUGCAUGAGACACCGAAGUAUCGAAUCCAGACUCAAGCUCUUCACCACGGCACUUACAGAAAAUCUGAUCAACCCCCUGGAACUGAAAAUUGAGGAGUGGAAGAAAGUGGCCAGUCAGCUUGAUAAGGACCAUGCCAAAGAAUACAAGAAGGCUCGGGCAGACAUCAAGAAGAAAUCCUCAGACACAAUGAAGCUCCAGAAGAAAGUGAAGAAAGGGAAAGAUGAUGUGCGAAUGCAGCUGGACAGCGCCCUGCAGGAUGUGAACGUGAAGUACGCCGCCCUAGAGGACACUGAGAAGAGGGCUGUGUGCCGGGCACUGAUUGAGGAGAGGAGCCGCUUCUGCUCCUUUGUCAGCAUGCUGCGCCCUGUGCUGGAUGAGGAGAUUGGCAUGUUGGGAGAAGUCACACACCUCCAGACCAUAUUAGAAGACCUCAAUACCCUUACAGCUGAGCCCAACAAACUGCCUCCUGCUAGUGAACAGGUGAUCCUGGAUUUGAAAGGGUCUGACUUCAGCUACAGCUAUCAGACACCCCCUGCCUCCCCCAGCAACACCCUGUCCCGCAAGAGCAGCAUCAGCAGCAAUUAUCAGACUACAUCAGUGCGCCAUGUACCCUCCCUGGACUCCAUCUCCAGUGCCAUAGAUGGGAUGCAUCUCCGCCCCCCUUCGGUCCACAUGCCUGACCCAUCACAGCGCUGCCCCAGUCCGCUGCUGCACUGCGAGGGCUGGGAGGGUUCCCGCUCCCUGAGCGAGGGCAACUCCCCCACCACAGCCCGCUCUGGUCCUGUGCUUGGCCAGGGCGUCCACAAGAGCACUGAGCAGAGCAUGAUCAACAGUGUAGCACCCCCAGCGGGGCAGGGUGAUCCCAGCGCAGAAAACGGCAUGGCCAUGCUGCCCCCACACAAUGCCUACACACACCAUGUAGAGAGAGCCCGGACACUGUCCGCAAACAGCAAGCCCCAGACGGCUCGGGAGCAGCUGGCGCUGGCUCUGAGCGGUGGGCUGAUUUCGGAGGCCCCCCACACCAGCCAUGACUCCCUGCACUGCUCCAGUGGCUACAGCACCCAGACCACCACGCCCUCCUGCUCGGAAGACACCAUUCCCUCACAUGCUGUAAAGAAAGAACCUCCUCUAUAUGACUACGACUAUAUAUCUCUACACGGGGGGGAGGAGUCUCACGACCAGCCUGACUUUGACAAGUCCUCCACCAUCCCCCGCAAUAGCGAUCUGAGCCUCAACUACCGCAAGAUGUUCCAGAGCAAGCGUCCAGCCUCCACUGUGAGCUUGCUGGCAGACCCUGAGCCACUGACACGCCCACCCCAUGUGGCCACCAUCCGCCGUAAACCCUCCAGUAAGCCCAACUUCCGUCGGGGCACCAUCAGCGGUGGUGUGCCCAUCCCCAUUAGCACCCCACAGGUGCCCGCGAAGCCACCGUUGCCCGGCGUGCGCUCAGACCUGGGGCUGGCACGGCACGGCCUGUGCACAUCCACACAGAGCCUAAGUGCAGUGGCAGCUUCGCCGUAUUACUCGCUGAUGCCCGGGCCACCGGGUCUGGGUAGCUCUGAGCAACUCUACCAGCUGAGUAAGCAGCAGCAGUACGCCCUGCAUCAGCAGCAGCAGAAACUCAUCCAGCAGCAGUGCCUGCAGAUGCCUGUCCAGCUCCAACUGCAUCUUCAACAGCACUCUAACCCUAGCAACAGCCCAGUGGAGAGCAGGCCUCUUCCUCACCCCCAGCAGCAACCCCAGCCAGCACCCGGCCAGGCCAGUCAGGAGGAGCGGCAGCCUUCGGGAGGCGAGGAUAUGCUAAGCAUGAUCAGGCGUGGGGUGAAGCUGCGCAGAACUUUGACCAACGACCGUUCCGCACCGCUGCUUACCCUCAACCAUCUCAACUAAGUUUCAAGGCUCAGUGGUGCUGUGUGUUUUGGUCCUUUCUCAGUCUCCCUUCUGUUCAUGUUCAUCUGCAGAAACGCUUGUCUUUGUCGUUUGAUACUGUGUCCUGUAGCUCAAGUGACUCAAGCGAUAGUUCCUGCAGUACUCAGAUGACUGACACCACUGGUGAGCAGUCAGAUAUUCAGAGACAGUCUGCUGCUCAAUUCCAAGAGAAUACAUCUGCCUCUGUCAGACUUUGGACCUUAAAACUGUAAAGGUAAAUGUUUAUAUUAUUGUUGCAGUUGAGAAAAUGCCUCGCUUAUUUAGCACAUAGUCUUAAUAGUACCUAAUUAUGAAGUCAAAACAAGACGUCUGUAUAUAUUAGAGUAAUAUGCAGAAAAAGUUUAUUGUAUUUUUUCUUCUAUUAGGUGAAAUAGCACUGGCAUCUCUUCAUGUUUUGAGAGUGGGUUGUCUAUUUUUGUAAAGUACUGCCAUGCGAUAAUGGAGAGCAGUGAUCAGACUUGCUGUCUUCACCUCCUUUCUGGGUCCAGUUACAUGACAGCCGGCAGACAUUGCUCAAAAAUAGAGGGAAUAAAAUGGGGGAAGCAGGAAGAUGAGAAGGACCAUCUGACAGGGCCAUGAUUGUUUCCCCAGCCUUGGCUCCAGAGUUUUUUUUUUUUUUUUUUUUUUUUUUUUUCC